AGCAUCAACGACAAGUGUCAUACAGACAGCGAGUGGCUCAUGUAUUGCAGGGCCAGGACGCUCUUGUAGUCAUGCUGCAGCAAUUAUGGCCCUGUAUUCUUCUUCUUUGGUAUCAUGGCGUUCGCACAUACAGUGGAUAACCAUUGCUAUGCAUGCUAAGAAGCCAACUUUACCGAGGCAUAUCACUCGUUGGCCUGUCCAUCUGUACUGGCACAGAUCUACUACUCACAAGGAUCCUCUCCAGAACUCUCACCCUUGACACAUCCUCUACUUUCUUCUCUGCCUCCGCAUACAACUCCUUUGCACUAUUCUGACUCUGGUCACCUCAACCUGCCUCUAUUGCACCGGACACUUCCGAUCCCCAGCAACAUGAGGAUCCCUAUAGUUGACACAAUUUUAUCCACCAAAACUACAAAAUCCUCUGUCCCAUGCUCUCCUGCACACUUCCCACAUCUUGGAAGCACCCUCCUACACACUUCUGCAACAUGACCAUAAACACUGCAGUGGAUUCGGCACAAAAGUUAACAGGAUAACAGAUAUCCUAACAUGACUGUCUGGUAAAAACUCAAACUCAGUGAUCUCCAUACAAAAACUCCUUGCUUGGUGUGCGAAACAAUGAAAAAUAGCCACCUGCUGGAGGGAGACAAAUUUUCCGCCGAGUUGGGCCGCUCUCUUCCUCUUUAGUUUCUCUAGACACGGCGGCGGUCAGACCAAAGAUAAUUAUGGUUACCCCUUCUGUCUGUGGUCAGACCCUUUUUAUUUGAUAUGCCCAAAGAUGAUUUGGACAUGUGAAAGAGUACCCCCUGUCGGCACAAAUAACAUAAUGUAGGAAAUGACAAUUUCAAAAUAAUGUUUAGGUAUGUUAUUUCUGCAAAUUCACAGUGAAUAGCGUGUAUGGACAACAAUCCACUAUCUAAUGUAUGUAUCCUAUUUUAAUAAAAUCUAAGAAUGUCAUUCAGUUUACACUUCUACCGGAAGUUGUCUACUCUGACGUUGGUUGACGGAAGGCGUUGCUGACGCGAACGAGUGGAAAGGGGAAAAUGGCGGACCUCGAAGACGUUAAACUGGACGGUAGGCCGCUACAAUCUCUUCGCGUGGCGGAUUUGAAAGCUGCUUUAGAGGAGCGCGGACUUCCUAAAAGCGGACAGAAAAAUACUCUCGUUAAGAGACUCAAAGGGGCUCUCAUGCUGGAGAACCUCCAGAGAACCUCACACCAUCACAUAGGACUGCAGCCAAACUCCCAGAUUGGUGAAGAGAUGAGCCAGAACAGCUUCAUAAAGCAGUAUUUGGCGAAACAGCAGGAGCUCUUGAGGCAGCGUCUGGAGAGGGAGGCCCGGGAAGCACUUGAAGAUGAUGAUACAGACAAAGAGGACCACACACAGGACAAUAACCGCUCUGCCUGUGCUGCCCCAGACCAGGAUGUCGCACCCGUGUUGGUUGACCAGCACAAGCUUUUUGGCCUCUCCGAGGGAAAUGGACUAGCAGGCACAGCAAGCGAGGGAGAGCGGCACAUGUCCAGAGACGGCCAUGUGUCUGCUCCACCUGCCCCUACCUCUGCUGCCGUUGCCUCUCUGGCUGUGCAUGUAGCUGUUGGCGAGCAGCGACCGGAGAGAGUCCCAACCUUUAGUCAAGUUCCAGCAGAUAGCGAUGAUGAUGGCGCUGAUGAGGACUGGGAUAGCGGUGCCAGGAGGAGGAAUCUAGGAGAGCCACCAAGAGGCCAGCUAGCAAGAGCGAGGUCUGGAGGAUCCCGCCAACACCCACAGCACAUUCCCCCCCUAUUGUCUCCACAGCUUCGACAGCCUACCCCUCCUCCCUCCCCUCCCCCAGAGUUAUCAUUCCCACUGCCUGAUACCCCUAAACAAAGCCCCCCUAGUCCAGGUGAGCCCCCAGCUAGGCAGCGUACUUCCAGUACCUCCAGCUCUGGCUCCUCUAGCAGUGGCAGUUGUAGAAGCAGCCCAGAUCCACAAAGCAACACAGAGCGCAAGCCUGGCCCACUGACCCUGCUGGCACGCAAAAUGGCAUCAGAGGGGGCUUUCUCUGGAGUUGGGUGGCAUGGACGUGGGGAUGCAGAGAGGCAGGACAACAAUGCUGCAACUGCAAUACUGUCUUCUGGUAGAGGUUCUCAUGAGGGCACUGUGUCUGCCAUCAUCCACACAACCAAUGCUGCAGCCAGUUUGCCCUUCCCCAGACUGGUUCCAGUAACAAACCAGGGAGUUCUUGGAGGCCAUCUCCCACACAGUGAAGUUCCUGUGAGUGUGCUUAGGCCCACUAUUAUGGAAGAGAGAGAUGCUGCAUGGCAGCAAGAAAACAAGGAAAGGGAGCUGCAGGCAGAGACGGAAAGAGAAAAAUCCCUAGAGCAUGAGAGACUUGGUGCCAUGGAGCAGGAAAGACUGGAGAGGCAGAGAAUAUUUGAGCAACAGCGUGCUGUGGAACAAGAGAGGGAAAGAGCUUUGGAGCGAGAGAUGAAGGAGAGGGAGAAGGCUUUGGAGCGAGAGAAAGCUUUGGAGCGAGAAAGGAAGGAGCGGGCUUUGGCACGAGAGAGGGCGCAAGCUCUUGAACGAGAAGAGGAGGAAAGAGAGAAAGCUUUGGCGAAAGACGGGGAAGAGCGAGAAAAAGCUAUGCAAUUAGAAAAGCAGAGAGCCAUGGAACGAGAGCGAGCUUUGGAGCAGGAGAGAGAGAAGGAGAAAGCUUUGGAGAAGGAGAAGGCUUUGGAGAAGACUUGCGAGAGGGAGGAGGAGAAGGCAGCUUUGGAGAGAGAGGGGGAGGAGAAGGUGAGGGCUUUGGAGAGAGAGGGGGAGGAGAAGGUGAGGGCUUUGGAGCAAGAAAGAAUCGAAAUGGAGAAAGCCCUUGAGAAAGAAAGAACCAUGGAGAAAGUAAGAGAGGAGAGGGAGAGAGCUUUGGAACAGGAGAAGGCCUUGCAGAGAGAGAAAGAGGAAAGGGAGAGAGCUUUGGAACAGGAGAAGGCCUUGCAGAGAGAGAAAGAGGAGAGGGAGAGAGCUUUGGAACAGGAGAAGGCCUUGCAGAGAGAGAAAGAGGAAAGGGAGAGAGCUUUGGAACAGGAGAAGGCCUUGCAGAGAGAGAAAGAGGAGAGGGAGAGAGCUUUGGAACAGGAGAAGGCCUUGCAGAGAGAGAGAGAGGAGAGGGAGAGAGCUUUGGAACAGGAGAAGGCCUUGCAGAGAGAGAGAGGGGAGAGGGAGAGAGCUUUGGAACAGGAGAAGGCCUUGCAGAGAGAGAGAGGGGAGAGGGAGAGAGCUUUGGAACAGGAGAAGGCCUUGCAGAGAGAGAAAGAGGAGAGGGAGAGAGCUUUGGAACAGGAGAAGGCCUUGCAGAGAGAGAAAGAGGAGAGGGAGAGAGCUUUGGAACAGGAGAAGGCCUUGCACAGAGAGGAGGAGAGGGAGAGAGCUUUGGAACAGGAGAAGGCCUUGCAGGGGGAGAGAGACAAAGUGGAGAGAGCUUUGGAACAGGAGAAGGCCUUGCAGGGAGAGAGGGAGAAGGAGGAGAGAGCUUUGGAACAGGAGAAGGCCUUGCACAGAGAGAAAGUAGAGAGGGAGAGUCAUCUUCCUCCAUGGAAGCGUAGUCGUGAGUUUGGUCUUACCCCCCUGCCUACUCCUCCCCUCUCCACAGGAGCAGGUAAGAUGGCGGCAACAGAGGGUGGGGAGCCCAAAGUGCCAUCCAUGCCCCAAAAAGCAUUAAGAGACAACCAGCCAGCUGAAUCUGGUACGCCCCUGUCACUAUCUCUAGCAACGUCUCUGUCACCCCAGUCGUCCUUCAAGAAGUUCCGUUUCUUGAGAGACCCCAUAGUUCUAUCCCAAUCUUCUGCAUCCAGGGUCAUCAAGAGGCCCCGUACAUUCUCUGAAAGCCCCCAUCCUCAGUCCUUAGCUCUCCAGUCCCCCAGCAAACCUGGGGAACCAGAGCAGAAAGGUACUCAGCAGGGGGCCCAGCCUUCUGCUGGACAAGCAGCACCAAAGAAGCCUGCAAGACAGGGGGUCCUUGUUUCUGGAGCAGACACGUCGGGGACGACAGGGCCAGAGAGGGAGACCCCAGUGAUGGCCACACUGGGCAAGAGUCCUGAAGAAGAAAAGGGUAAGAGCCUGGUGUCAGAGGAACAUGUCCAAGCACAUAGAGAGGAGACAGACAAACAGGCGGUGGGAGAAACGACCAGAGAAGCAAAUGCCCCCUCAGGUCCAGCGGGAGCUGUGCUACCUCCCUCACCCCAACCAGUGGAAGGCAAGGCAGAAAAAGGAAGGGCGAGAAGUCAAAAGAAAGAAGAAAAGCUGGGAAGACGGUCUUCCUCGUCGAAUGACUCUUCAGAUUCUGACUCUGGGUCGUCGUCCUCAGGUUCGUCUGGUUCAUCAUCAUCCCAGGGCAAAACACACAUCACUCCCAGUGGUAGAAGGCCUGAGAAACCUCAGACAAACACCAUAUCCCAGGAUACGGAAACGGUUAGUCAACCUGAGGAUCCAACUGAGGCCCCAAAAGCUCCACAGCACAAAAAGCGAGUAUCUGGGGAGGAGGAAGAGGACAUAAACAUUGAUGGAGCCAGACACAGGAAGAAACCAUUCCUUGGAAUACAUGCUGGAGAAGACAAUGGGCAGAAGGACAGCGAGGGAGGGGAGGUAAAGACAGACACUACAAGGGAGGUGAAUGAGGCUGCCAUGGCUGAGCCUAAGAAGGCUCCUGAGAGCAGUGAGGAGUGUGAGACACCAAAGGCAUUCACAGCCCGUAGGAUCUCCCUUAGCAGCAGCAAGGCCUCUCCAGGAGCUGUCAGUGCAGAGGGCGAGACAGAGUCUGGGGCUGGGAGGAAGAGGCGAUGGGGAUCCAGCACUGCAGUCACAGCCAAGAAAUCAUCCAUGAGCAUCACAACAGACUCUCUGAAGUCUCUGAUCCCAGACAUCAGACUGUGUCCAGGCCAGAAGAUGGUGGUGGAUCUGCACCCAGAGGAGGAUCACCUCUCUGGGGUGGAGGAGGGGGGCAGGGAGCGGGGUGAGCAGGACCUCAAGAUCAGACGCACAGUCACACAGGUGGUCCCGUCAGUGACCCAGGAGAAUGGACAGAAGGAGUCCAAGAGGAGUGAACAUGAGGAGGAAGACCGAGAGGAUGGAGGGGAGGCUAAAGGAGACAGAGAGGAGAAGAUGGAUGGCUCAUUCCAGAGAGACUCCACGGAGACACAAUGCCACUCUCCCCCCAGCCAUGACAUGGAGAUGAAAACAGUGACCCCCAGUGACACAUUGAUCCGUCGCUCCAUCAGCCAGCAGAAGUCUGGCGUGUCCAUCACCAUAGAUGACCCUGUCCGCACAGCCAAGCAGCCCUCUCCUCCACGAGGCAAAGUGUCCAACAUCGUCCACUUGUCCAACCUGGUUCGUCCGUUCACCCUGGGCCAGCUGAAGGAGCUGCUCGGGAGGACCGGCACCCUGCUCGAGGACGGUUUCUGGAUCGACAAGAUCAAAUCUCACUGCUACGUCACAUACUCCAGUGCAGAGGAGUCAAUUGCCACUCGUGCAGCACUGCAUGGGGUGAAAUGGCCUCAGAGCAACCCCAAGUUCCUCAGUUUGGACUUCAUUCAGCAAGAGGAGCUGGAUUUCCACAGAGGCCUGCCUCCCCCUAAGAGGGCUGGGGAGGGUGAGCGGGGGGCUGCGGCGGUGCCUGGUCAGGGAGCGGCCCUGCCCGAACGGGAGCAGUGGGCGGAGCGAGAGCGUGAGAUGGAGCACAGGGAGAGGACCCGGGCUGAGAGGGAGUGGGACAGGGACAAGGUCCGGGACUUUGGUCCAGGAAAGCCUGGAGAGGAAGCGGUCUCCAGACGAUCCUGCUCCAGAGAGAGGAAACGCAAGGAGAGGAAGAUGGACAAGAAAGAGAAAGCUGCAGACGAACCUCCUGUCAAACUGCUGGAUGAACUGUUUAAUAAAACCAAAGCAGCCCCUUGUAUAUACUGGCUCCCCCUCACAGAAGAGCAGUUUGCACAGAAGGAGACAGCUCGACAAGAGAGGAUGAAGGAGCGAGAGAAGAGGAGGAAGGAGCAGCAAGAGGAGGUGGAGAAGAAAAGGGAGGAAGAGCGCAAAGAAAGGAUGAAAGCCGCGAGUGCCGCAUCUGGAGAAAGAGGUGAGGGGGAGCGGUACAGAGAGCGAGAGAGAGACUGGGGCAGAGAUGGAGAGAGUGACAAACACAGAGAAGACUGCUACCGCAGUGCAGGGGGGGCCAGACGCUCCCGUAGCCGCAGUGACCCCCCACCUCGUGACAGACGACGCUAGAGGGAAUCGGUGUGGCUGGAACUGUCUUAAAAUAACCCCCUCCAUUCCCCAUCACUACAUUUACUUUGUUACAAUAUAAGACCCUACAGUAGACCAACAGAUGUAGUCACUAUCUGUCACUUUUUUUAAAACACUCAUCAACACACAUACAGAUAGGGACCAUGGUUUAGUAGUGUUUUUCCCCAUGCUGCUAUCUGUCUUGCUCUAGUCUGAAAGUUUAGAUUUUAUUUAAUUUUGCCUGACUGUUUUCUUAUUCGUUUAAAUAAAAAUAAAAAAAGAUUAUUGUGAGAUUGACAGUAAGGCAACCACCCCCCCCAUGCGUAAGUGCUUUACGUAGAGUUCUAUGCAUACACACACUGGUUUUUGGCCUUCACCAGUGUUGUGUGUGUGUGUUCCACAACUGGUUUCUGUGGGGUGCUUCAUCAUUGCUGCAUGCUGUCCCAGUCCACUGUCCUCAGCCUUGUGUCCUAGGGAGGACUGAUGUGGUUGUGCAGUGUUCUGUCCCCUCUGUCUUUGUUUAGUUUGAGGGAUGAGACUAUAUUAUCUGCAAGAUAUUAGAAAUUACACGCUCCUCUGAUCUGUUUUUUUUUUCAUCUUCUAAACGCUUCUUUGCUCGUCCAAUAGUUCUCCCUCUACGGUCAACGCAAGCUGGAGAAGGGUGCAUAUUAAAACUCCACACAAAUGGUUUUAAUAGUUUUUUAAAUCAUUAUUAAAGCUUACUUUUUUUUGUUUACUCCUGUGAAUGUACAAAUAAAAUAAGUUUGAAAAAG